GGUUAAUAAUGCCAGUGGCGGAAUGUAGUUUUGAAACGACUAGAAAACAACAGUUUUAAAUUUUGUAACCACGAGAAACUUAAUUUAGAGUACUAACCUGGAUUAAUAUAAAGUCAUGUAUUAACAGUUUCAGAUGCAGGACUACACUGACUUCUGUCAACCGCUACAUGUAGAGGUCGCCACUGAAAUAAAUUCAUACUCUGGACAGAAUGGAGAUGAGAUGAUCCAGUUUCAAUCUUCUCCUGUACCGGAAUAUAUGGAAUACUCCACAUUACAACCGGUCGUUCACCCUGCUCUGAUUGGAAUGAACUCGUCCUGUCAGGACUCACUAAAUGCAGGUUACAAUGCAUGUGCAGACGAGGCUAUUCGAUAUCUAAUUGAAGAGGAACACUUUGCACCAGACGAUCCCAUUGUUGUCGGACUUCAAGAUCAUUUGCGAGAACAACAAAGAUUACUCAGUUUACAAUAUAUGUUUGAACAGUAUAAUCUCGCGUUAAACUCAUCCGAAAACGAGAGUAUAAACGAUUCCGGUGUAUCAUUGAACAGUCAGUCUACAGAUUCUGAGGAAUGUAUCGAAAAAACAAACUUUGACAGUACCAUCGAAUUAGACGAUGAUAUAAAACACAAUGAAUCUGGUUUACAAAAUGUAAACAUGGCUGCCAUAACAAGUCUUGCAGAGGAAAUCCUGUCUCUACUAGAAGAAGGGGAAUCGCUCUCUGAUGUAGAAGACGAGAAUUAUCCUAGUGAGCAGUAGUACAGUCAUAAACAGUAUAUUUAUCAUGGUCUUUGAUAUUGUCUCAAUUCAUAAACAAUCUCAUUAGUCAUAGUGCCACCGUAUAGUAGCUAUACAUGAUCCUAUCAUCAUCACGAUCAUUUGUUAUUUGUUACGUUUUGAUGUUUAUAUUGUAUUUUAAUAUAAUGGUAACGUUAUUGUUUCUACUCUAUACAACUUCUAGCAUGUUUAGGACUUUCCACUCAGUUUUCAACCCUCCAGUAUGUAUGAAUUUCACCUGCCCUAUCCUGCUCUCUCUAUGGUUACCCAAUUAAACACGGCAUUAAGUGAUUUUAGGAAACAUUUUAUAGUUACAGAUUGUGUUCUGAAUUUUCAACUUACAAACUCUUUAGUAACACAUCGUGUUAUUCUUUCUUAUAACUUUUGUUUUCUAAACUUUCAACCUACAAAAUCGUUAUAGAUAAUUUCAAUCAUUGUCUUUUAAGUUGUAAACAUGGUAAAGUUGACAGAUAAAUAUUAGAAUGGAGUGAUAUGGUGCAUUGUAAACUUAUGUGUUCAGAAUCCAUGACAGUGUUUUGUAUGAGACAUUAUGUGCGUUUGAAACAAGAUAUUAAUCCUAUUUAUUUUGAAGGUAUUUGUCAAUGACUUUUUUGACAUGUAACAUGUUUAUUAUUAUAGAAUAGUAUUUAUUUAUCAAAUAUGAUGUAUUUAUCU